GCGACGGAGAUUCUGGCUUUUGCCAUGGACGACUUGGUGUACGACGACCCGGUGUACGCGACCCUCCACGGCGGCUUCCACGUCGUGCCAGGUCACUUCGCCUACCACGCAGCGCCCGACCACGACGCCAUCUUCGAGCACUUUGCCAGCGCCGAGACCGACUGGCGAGCCUUCGCCAAGGCCGUCCGCCGGGCCAACCGCCCCAACACCAAGGUGCUCUACUUCUUGCGCCACGCCGAGGGCGAGCACAACGCAGCCAAGAUACGCCUCGGGCCCGAGGUGUGGUUCCGCGAUGUCGCCAUCACCAACGAGUUUCUUGAUGCGCGUCUGACGGCGAAAGGCGAGGCCGCGGCCGCGAGCGCCGCCGCCCGCAUGAAGUACGAGCUCCAGAUGGGCUUGCCGCUCGAGAAGAUCAUCUUGUCGCCGCUGCGCCGCACGCUGCAGACAGGCACGACCGUGUUUGCGACCGAGAUUGGCAAGGUCCCGUUUGUCGCAAUGGAGCUCUGCCGCGAGACCAUCGGUGUGCACACGUGCGAUAAGCGGAGCCCGAUCACCGAGAUGGCCGCGCUCUUUCCGAUGGUCGACUUUUCCGACAUUGCCGAGAACGACGAUGGCCUCUGGCAGCCCGAUAAGCGCGAGUCUCUCGAAGAGAUCCAAGCCCGCGCCGUGCAGUUUCUCAAGCACGUGUACGAGAACGUGCCCGAGACGUUUAUUGCGAUCACGUCGCACGUCGGAUUCAUUGGCGCGUGCUUGCGUGUGCUCGAGCAGACCGAGUAUCGGUUAGACAACUGCGAAAUCGUGCCCGUCGUCAUCCAGUACACCGAACCGAGCAAGAGCCCGCGGAAACGCGUCGCGUAGCCUGCUGUACAUAACCAUUAAAGAGGCGACGACACUACGACAAGAG